GUACCUCGCUGGCCCAGCCGUGCGCGCGCUGGCGCGAUUUGUAUCAUGGAAAGGAACAAACUGUGAAGCAUCGCUGAAUGUGACGUUAUCCAUGCAUCAGCCAGCUCCGUCGGCUCUCUCGGGUCUGUGCCGAGUCACCGACUGUCUUUACCUGAGUAAUGCCCGAGCGGCCGGUGAUCCCCGCCAGGUGACUGGCUGCGGGAUAACCUGCAUCAUCAACGUCACUGAGAAAAAGGGCAGCGUCUCGCCCCCUCCAGGGGUGGAGUACUUCCACAUCCCGGUCUCUGAUACCCCGUUCUCUCGACUCAGCGAUCACUUUGACGAGGUGGCGGAUAAAAUUCAGGUUACGGCAGAGAGCAGCGGCCGCACGCUGGUGCACUGCAACGCCGGGGUGAGCCGCUCAGCUGCCCUGUGCAUGGCUUACCUAAUGAAGCACCGCGGCGUGAGCCUCCUAGAGGCCCACGGCUGGGUCAGGACCUGUCGCCCUGUCGUGAGACCCAAUAACGGGUUCUGGAAACAGCUCAUCCAGUAUGAGGGGGAGCUUCGUGGUUGCAACUCUGUCCGCAUGGUGUCCUCAUCCAUGGGAGAGAUACCUGACAUUUAUGAAGAGGAGGCCAGGAAUAUGAUGCCACUGUGAGGGAAGCACGCUUCUUUGUGUGUGGUGGGAAAGUGGGACAUAAUUUCACAAUGAUCUGCAGUGUGCUGGCCUUAACUGUAAAAUCCUGUGCAGCCUUGAAAGAAAGCAUAAACAGUGAAUGGGUUCCCUCCAGGCCCUCAUAAUAAUGGGCAGUUGUGCAGAGUAACAGUGAGCUACUGUAUAAUUUAUGCCUGCCGUGGUUUUCCCAUGGUGCAUUUGGCCACCUCUUGCUUGAUUAUGUGAGAUUUUUGGUGAGCUCAGGAACCGCUGGCAGAUACGAACCCUCCAUCAUUCUGCAAAAUGCUCAAACAUCCAGGAGAAGUGAGAUUUACCACAACACGUUUGUCAUGAAUGGGAGCUCUAAAGAAAGGCUUGUAGUAGACUUCUACUCAAUGUGACUAAAUGCUGCUCCACUAUCUUUCAGAUCAAUGUGUACUUUUUAUACCACAACAUUUAUCUGAAAAAUUACAGGAUGUCAUAUUAAAGGAUU